AUGAUUGUCAGCACUUCUGUUUUCUAUCGACUCUGCAAUGGGGAGACACGGGAGGGGGAAAGGGGGAACAUACUGCAGGUGUGGCGGAGCUGGCGCGUAGUGGCUAAACUCCAUGGUGAACUCUCCCUUGCCCUGCGUGGCGGCGCGGAGCUGGGAGCUGAAGCCGAACAUGGCGUUGAGGGAGCAGUCGCAGGUGAGGGUGAAGUCCUCGGUGCCGAUGUCGGUGUCGUGGAUGGUGGCGUUGCGCUUGUUCAUGAGCAUGAGGAUGCCGCCCUGGAACUCGUUGGGGGCGGUGAUGGUGGUCUUCAUGAGGGGCUCGAGGACCUGGCCGCCGGCCUCCUUGAAGGCCUUGCGGAAGGCCAUCUGCGUGGCGAGGUUGAAGGCGUGGUCGGACGAGUCGGUAACGUGGGUGGCGCCGUCGUUGAUGAUCAUCUUGGUGCCGAUGACGUGGUGGCCCAGGAGGGGGCCCUUGUCGGUCGCGGCCUCGAAGCCCUUGGCGCAGGCAGUGAGGAACUUGUCGGGGAUGUUGCCGCCGACGACCUGGCUCUCGUAGAAGUUCUCGCCGGGCUUCUCGUAGGGCUCGAUCCAACCCGCGACGCGGGCGAAGUCGCCGGGGCCGCCGCUCUGGCGCUUGAACAGGAAGUCGAAGUCGGCGCGGUGGGCGAUGGUCUCGCGGUAGGCGACGCGGGGCUGGCCGGUGACGCAGUCGGUCUUGUACUCACGGCGGAGACGCUCGACGUAGACCUCCAGGUGCAGUUCGCCCAUGCCGGAGAUGAUGGUCUCCUCGCUCUCGGCGUCGACGUGGACUCGGAAGGUGGGAUCCUCACGGGUGAAGCGGUUCAUGGCCUUACUGAAGUUGUCUGCAUCCCCGGAGCGCUUGGGCUUGAUGGAGAGAGACAUGACGGCAUCUGGAACGAACAUGGACGACAUGGAGUAGGGGAGACCACCGUCGGUGAAGGUGUCUCCGGAAGCACAGUCGACACCGAACACGGCACAGAUCUCACCAGCACCGACGUCGGAGACAUCCUCCAUCUCGUUGGAGUGCAUGCGGACAAUGCGGGGGAUUCGGACCUUCUUGCCCGUGCGGGAGUUGAAGAGAGUUCCUUGGUAGACUCGGAUGUAGGUAAGCUGGCCGUAGUUGUUCUCCUCAAGCUUAAAGGCGAGACCAACGAAAGGCAGGGAGUUGUACGGCACAAGCUUGACAGACUUCUCGUCUUGGGAUCGAUCCAGGGCCAGGUUGUCGGUAUCAGCAGGGUUGGGCAGGUAUUCACACACGGCAUCGAGCAUGGGCUGGAUGGCCUUGUCGGCCAGGGCGGAUCCCAUCAUGACAGGAGUGAACUUGCGGGCAAUGGUGGACCUUCGGAUGGCAGCCUUGAUCUGUUCGUUGGUGGGUUCGACUUCCUCAAGGAACAGUUCGGCAAUCUCAUCAUCGACAUCAGCGAGCUUCUCAAUCAGAGCCUGGCGCUUCUCGUUGGCGAGUUCCUGGAGGACGGGAGGGACCUGGUUGGCCACGCGGACUUUGACACCACGGGGGCCUUCAAAGUACAUGGCCUUCAUUUCGAUCAGAUCAACGACACCCUCGUGCUCAUCCUCGAGACCAAUGGGGAUCUGGAUAGCAGCGGCAGGGAUCUUGAGUUUCUGGUUGAUUUGCUCGACGGCCUUCCAGGGGUUGGCGCCCAUUCGGUCCAUCUUGUUGAUAAAGGAGAUACGGGGGACAUUGUAGCGCUUCAUCUGUCGGUCGACGGUGAUGGUCUGGGACUGGACGCCGCUGACAGCACAGAGAAUCAUGACGGCACCAUCGAGAACGCGGAGAGCGCGCUCAACCUCGAUGGUGAAGUCGAUAUGGCCGGGAGUGUCGAUAAGAUUGAUAUGAUCCAUGGAGUCCAUCUUGGCGCCAACGGAAUCUUUUCCUCGAACUUCGUGAAUCGCCUUGAUUCGGCCGGUGUAGAACAGAACUCGCUCAGUAACCGUAGUCUUGCCACUGUCGAUGUGUGCCUGGAAACCCUGUGUAUCAGCGCUGGACUGCGUCGAUGUGCCAUAUUGGAAAAGGAGCGCCGUCGACUUACAGCAAUACCAAUGUUGCGAACCUUGGAGAGCCUGGCCUUCUCGGCGGGGUUCAUGUUGGCAGCCACAUAUUCGGGGGUAAGACUGGAGGCAUCGGUCUGGGCCUUUUUCAACCUAAAAGCAACCAAUUCAUCAAUAAAAGUCCAACAUGGAGGGGUGGAGGCGGGGAUUGAAGCACGCACGCUUCUUGAGCAGCGCUGGCAGCGGGCGAAGUCUGGCUGA